ACCAUCUCUCCCGGCGCUCGGUCUACAGCAGUUGCAGGAUCCGUGCAGACCUCCUGGUUUCCCCCGUUUCGUUCCCAUCUACCAAGCUAUUCCGGAAGGAGAAGCGUCUGAUCGCGGGUCCUGAGGCGAUUCUGGUGCUUUCCUCCCUCAUUAUUAGCCCGCAGAAGAAAGCCAGAAUUGUCAGGCGUCUUUCCCCUCUCCUCUCGGGGAAAUCUCUUUUCCUUUCCAAGUUUACUACUUCUUUCGAGAUGAUGAUGGUAGGGGCUGUCAUCCUCUAACGCUACCAACUUCUUCCUCCUCUCUAUAUCUCUAUCCUCUUCUCGCCUUUCUGAGGAGCCAGAGAGAUUUUGGACACUGACUCAGCCUUACUAAGUUUCUGGACCUUUUUUUCCCCCCUACUUGGAUUCUUUGAGUUUUGCUUGCUGCCCUUAAGGCUGAAGGUGAGAUUAUUAGCCAGGCAGCCAUCGCUGGGGUGGCCAAUUGUUCCCAGCAAAGGGGCUUUCCUCUUACCUCUAUUCUCCUAAAGAAACCCAAACUUCCCCCUUCUCCGUGUCCCAAGAACUGUAAGGUGGUGGCCACCCAGAACUGGGGUUCUGCUAGUAGGGAGCUAGCAGGGAACUGAGGGCUGCACUCCUCUUGUAGGUUGGGGGAAAAUGGCUGAAGCUUCCAGGACCUGGAAGGGAGGUGAGCCUGCUGAAGAAGAGGAAAGCACCAGAGGAAGGAAAACAAGCCUGCAAGGGUCUCCCAGAGACGAAUGGAGGGUCCUCGGAGCUGGAAGAUCUCUGCCACCAAGCCUUCCACUUGGCAACAGCUUGACCCCUGGUGCACCUGGAGCUGAAGUGGGUCCCUCCACGGCGGCACAGCUGGAGGACCCCUUUCUCCACUUGUCCAUCAGGAAGCAGGUGUCCUACAGAAAAGCUAUUGCCAAAUCUGGUCUCCAGCACAUGAUAGCCCAACCACUCCCCACAUUAGCCUUGAGAAGUGACUCUGAGAGGGAAAUUCGCAGUACUGUUGACUGGAGUGAGACUGCAGUUUAUGGGGAGCACAUCUGGUAUGAAACCAAUGUCUCUGGGGACUCCUGCUAUGUUGGAGAGCAGAACUGUGUAGCAAAGAUGCUGCAAAAAACUCUCUCCAAGCGGAAGUGUGCAGCCUGUAAGAUUGUUGUUCACACACCCUGCAUAGAACAGCUGGAGAAAAUAAAUUUCCGGUGCAAGCCUUCCUUCAGAGAAUCUGGAUCAAGGAAUGUCCGAGAACCUACUGUUGUGCGGCAUCAUUGGGUACAUCGGAGACGUCAGGAAGGGAAAUGCCGACAGUGUGGAAAGGGUUUCCAACAGAAAUUUGCCUUUCACAGCAAGGAGAUUGUAGCCAUCAGCUGUUCCUGGUGUAAGCAAGCAUAUCACAGUAAAGUUUCGUGCUUCAUGCUGCAGCACAUUGAGGAGCCCUGUUCGCUAGGGGCACAUGCAGCUGUUGUUAUCCCUCCCACCUGGAUUCUACGUGUCCGGCAUCCCCAAAACCCACUAAAAUCAAGUAAGAAGAAAAAGAGGACAUCGUUCAAGCGGAAAUCUAGCAAGAAAGGGCUUGAGGAAGGGCGAUGGAAACCCUUUGUAAUCAAGCCCAUUCCAGCACCACUUAUGAAGCCAUUAUUGGUGUUUGUGAACCCCAAAAGUGGUGGAAAUCAGGGAACAAAGAUAAUCCAAUCAUUUAUGUGGUACCUCAACCCUCGACAAGUAUUUGACCUAAGCCAAGGAGGCCCCAAAGAGGCGUUAGAAAUGUAUCGUAAAGUGCAUAAUUUACGGAUUCUGGCAUGUGGGGGUGAUGGUACGGUGGGGUGGAUCCUCUCUGUCUUGGACCAGUUACGCCUGCAGCCUCCACCUCCUGUGGCCAUCCUUCCUUUGGGGACAGGAAAUGACCUGGCAAGGACGCUGAACUGGGGUGGGGGUUAUACAGAUGAGCCCUUGUCAAAGAUUCUGUCACAUGUAGAAGAGGGGGAGAUUGUGCAGCUUGACCGCUGGAAUCUGCAGGUAGAGCCGAACAUUGAUGGAAACCCUGACGAGAAGGAUGAGGCAGCAACAGAAAAGCUCCCUCUUGAUGUUUUCAAUAAUUAUUUCAGUCUUGGUUUUGAUGCUCGUGUGACGCUGGAAUUCCAUGAGUCCAGAGAGGCUAAUCCGGAGAAAUUCAACAGCCGAUUUCGGAAUAAAAUGUUCUAUGCUGGGACAGCAUUUUCUGAUUUCCUCAUGGGGAGCUCCAGAGACUUAGCAAAGCAUAUCAAAGUGGUGUGUGACGGAACAGACUUGACCCCCAAGAUCCAGGAUCUGAAGCCUCAAUGCCUUGUCUUCCUAAACAUUCCAAGGUAUUGUGCGGGCACCAUGCCUUGGGGCAAUCCUGGAGAGCACCAUGAUUUUGAGCCCCAGCGCCAUGAUGAUGGUUGCCUUGAGGUCAUUGGCUUCACCAUGACAUCCCUGGCAGCAUUGCAAGUUGGUGGCCAUGGGGAGCGCCUGCAUCAGUGCCGAGAGGUGCUGCUCACCACUUCCAAGGCCAUUCCCAUGCAAGUGGAUGGAGAGCCCUGUAAGCUGGGUGCAUCUCGUAUCCGUAUUUCCCUGCGCAACCAGGCCAACAUGGUGCAGAAGACCAAGAGGCGCAACUCCAUGCCCCUGCUGAAUGAUCAGCAGCCGGUUCCAGAACGUCUUAGAAUUCGUGUGAGCCGAAUUGGCAUGCGUGACUAUGAGGCACUUCAUUAUGACAAGGAGAAGUUGAAGGAGGCCUCUGUUCCUCUGGGAAUUAUUGUUGUACCAGGAGACAGUGACCUGGAGUUGUGCCGGACUCACAUUGAGAGGCUGCAGGAAGAUUUCUCUUCAUGCCCUUCCAAUGUUCAGAGCCUAUUUCCUCAGGAAGGGGAUGGAGCCAAGCCAAAGACACUGUCAUGCCAGAAGCUAUCCCCCAAGUGGUGCUUCCUUGACUCAACUACAGCAGAUCGCUUUUACAGAAUAGACCGUGCCCAGGAACAUCUUAAUUACGUGACAGAGAUCUCCCAGGAUGAGCUCUUUGUGUUGGACCCAGAACUGGUGCGCACCCAAACAGUGGGCACAUCACCUGCCAUGCCUGACCUUGUCGAUGUGCCCUCAACACCCACAAGUCAACAUCCUGAUCACCCAGUUUCUCCAUCAUCCACACCAGUCUCCAGCUCAGAAAUGGGGAGCUGUCACUCUCUCCAAGAUGAUGCUUUGAUAGAUGCUGUCAAGAAUAACGAUGUCCAAAAGUUCAAAGAACUGCACCGGGCUGGAAGGGAUCUAAUGAUGUGCGAUCACACAGGUCAAACUGUCCUGCAUCAUGCAGUCAAAGUGGGGAGCAAGGAGAUUGUCAAAUACAUAAUUGAAAAUGCUCCUGCAGAAAUUCUGGAUAUGGCAGAAGAAGAGAAUGGUGAAACCAGUUUGCACAUGGCUGCAGCCCUUCACCAGCGCACAAUUUGCCAUUACAUUGUGGAAGCUGGAGCAUCACUGAUGAAAACAGAUUUGCAGGGAGACACACCCAAGCACAGAGCUGAGAAAGCAAAUGACCCUGACCUGGCUGCCUACCUCGAAAAUCGACAGCACUACCAGAUGAUCCAACGGGAGGAUCAGGAGACAGCUGUGUAGUGCUGAGUGUGCCUUAUGCCUGCCGGGAAGUGCAGGAGCAAAACGGCAUAGGAGCCUGGCUGGCCAUUCCUUGACUAUCCAGCAUGAAGAGGAUCAAGAGGCUUUGGGAGGGGUUAGGCCAAGGCACUGUUAUUUAUUAGUCUAGUGGGUGUUGAGCAGUGUUGAGUUCACAAGUCCCGCCACCACAUUCCAGGGAUGGACUCUGCUGUAUCCUUCCUGCUCACCUCUAGGUCCUUUGGAGAGAGGGACUGCAGCUCCCUCAAAGCACAGGGAAGGAAACUCUUUCCUCUUCCAAGCUUGGCUGGAGCCCCACUUGUGCUGCCCUGCCACCUAGUCAGCAGCCUGUUCAGGUCUCCUCUUGCUUCCACUAGUUCCCAGCAGUGGGCAUUGGCUUUCUCAGUAGUAAUAGUGCCCAUUGUCCUGGUAUGUCCUGUUACUGGAAAAAAAAACACUGGCAUAUUUCUGGAGACAUAGCAGAACAUGGAGUGUGGAAAUGCUGGUGGUGUACUGCAGCAUCACGUCUGCUACCCACCCAUCAUGGCUUUCAGUGGUUGGUGUGGACCAUGACUGACAGUGAUGCGGACAAAGAGACCCCCAAAGCAAGCCAUGGGUCUGUCUUGCGUCCUUCCCAGCAUAACAGAUCUCUGUUCUUUCUUCCUUGGUUCAUUCCCCUUGUCCUGUUCAUCCUACAUUGUGUAUCCCUUACUGGAAGGAAUGCUUAUGUAACAGGAUGAAAGGCCUACUAUGUCCAGGGACUUUUGUACCCUCUGUCAAUUUAUAGCAGGCUGCUCUACACUGACAUUUGAUCUUCCUGAACUAGAAGAUUUGAGCCAAGUGCCUCUUUCCCAUAUCCCCUCCUUUCUCCGGUCCCCUCCCCACUGCUGUCACACAUGACUUUCCCUCGUUUUUGCACGUACAUAUUUAGCAAAGAGCAGCCUGUUACAAAAUAUUUUUAGGUAGUGGGCUAUUUGCUGAAAUGUGGGAGCUCAAAUCUCAUCUCAUUGACUUUCGGUAAAGCUGCAUCCAAAGGUUCUUGGCAGGGCCUUUUAUGUUUUAGUGUGGUUAGGAGUAAAUGUAUCAAGCACUGACAAAAAGGGAGUGGAGUCUCGCAACCAGUGUUAAUGGCAUACUGCAUCCAUCUAUCCAGGGACCAGUAGUUAGCAGCGCUAGUGGUGAGGGAAUGGUGGUUUCUGUUUAUUCCCAGGUUUGGAGUGGACAUAGAGUUGCACACUGUCAACCUUUCACAUUAUCCCACUGUCCAUAUUUACAUUGGAUUAUUGUAACAACGUAUGCAUCCUAAGCAUUUGUUUUGCAGUCUGUGCUCUUUGCUCACAUAGAUCUCUCAGCUCUAACAUAUUAUCUUUUGGUAACGUUAAUAACAAAACGCCAGUAUUGGAAGAAUUGUUGUCUUCACAUGAUCAGGCAUGAGUAACAAGAGUCCUGUUUUCAACAGGGAGGGAGUACAUUUUCUGCAGAGUAUCCUGGAUCAUUUACAUUUAAUCCACUUGCAUGUCUAAAUGGUUAUAAAGCAAAUCUCAGUUGUCAGAAUACUGAGCAAGUAGCCAGUUUGACCUGCUGCUGCCUCCCUAUAGAAUGGGAUCAAUUCCCACAUGGAGGCCCAGCAGGCUAACAGUUGAAUGGUUUUCAAUCCUCCCAUAAAGUUAGGGGUCUGAGAGCUCUGCUUAGCAUUAAGGAGCUGAUUGGGAGCGUGAGAAGAACAGGGUGACAGUGAGAAAAAUGUUUUUCGGGAGCUUAAAUCUCAAACUUGGAGCAGGAAAAUUUAAAUCUCAGUGAGUCUGUAAGCUAUGCUCUGAAACAAUUGGAAGGUAGGGUGUCUUCCUGUAAGAUAAUGACAAGAUUGGACUGCAAAGAAGAACUGGAUUCUAGACAUCUGCAAAAGGAAUGCUUGCUUACUGAGCAUGUUUUAUAUCAGAUCAUCAGACAGCAUGAAUGUCAUGGGCAAAGUGGUGGGGAAUGGAGGUCUGUAUGCAAGACUGAUCAGUGUUUGUGUAUUGUUGAUGCAACAAUUUGAAUUUGGAUUAAGUGUGAAGACUUCCCCAUGUUAUGGAAUACUUAGCAAGAUCAGGUCUAGGAGCUUACAUAUUCAUCCAGAUUUCACUCUUCAUAUCUGCUUGAAAUUUUGUCCUUCUUCAGUACUGACUUUCUGUAUUGAGAAUCCUUGAUGGUAACCCAGACUUCAGAGCAUCCCCAUUUUAGCUUUUACCCCUGCCAUAUGAGUCUUCAGCAGAUCAACAUGGCCGGACAUUUACUCAGACACUGUCAUCCCUAUGACAAACUUCAUGCUUUUUUUCUCCAGAGGUGUAGUAAAGCAUCUAGUGCUCUUCAGAGAGCCGGCUUACAACCAUUUUGCAGAUUGGAUCAGCCAUGUCUCUUGGCCUAACAUAGUAGAGGCAACAUGUUAUCCUAGAUUUAUCAGUACUGAAGUUCGUGCAGAACAGAAUGUCCUGAAAUACUAGACCGAGGUGAGCAAUCAGUGAUCGUUCAGAUCCUGCUGGACUCUCCAUGUUGGCUUUGCUGGCUGGGGCAUUGAUGGGAGUUGCAUCCAGCUGUGUCUGGAGGGCUGCAAUGUUACCCAACUUUGUCUUAGAUAAUCACACAGGUCCUCAGUCUGUGACAAGGCUUAUGCUUUGGUCUUUUUAAAUUGUUCAGAAUUCCUCUUCUGAAGCUGGAUGUACAAGACCAGCCUCAUGAAGCAUUUAUAUCCCCAUGAACUUGCUGACUUCUCUUUUAUCCUUUAUAUGUCUCCUUAAACUUUGUACAGGUAGUUCAGAAGCACACUGUUUCCCCAUUUCCUCUGUAUGUGUGUUGUGCAUGUGUGUGUAUCCUAAGCUGAGUUGCUGUGCAAUUCAAACCUGGGCUUGUUUUAUUCCUAGGGGAAGGAGUGUGUUUAAGGGUGAAUUCCCCCUCCCCGUGCAAUACCUACUUCCUAUCCCCUAGAUUCAUACUGUUAGGAUAGUUUUUUGAUUGACUGUAAUUUUUGUAACUGUGUUGGGAGCUUAUGCUUCCAUUGGCUUUCCUCUCUGACUGUUUAAAUGUUUUGUUGGGUUUUGCCAUUAAAAUAUACAGAUGAACAUUUUA